GUACAUGAUGUUUGGUCCAGCUUUCAUCCAGCUGUUUGUCCAUUACACGCUGUGCAUUUGCAACAGCUUUGCGCUAAGUGUAGAUAUAAUUAGAACACAGCAACGGGAGGCUAGCGCUGGACGAGUCUGUGGUAACGUGUUUCGCAACUCUAGGCUAAGCAAGCUGGAAACGCUGGGAGAGUGCGGUCUGAUGGGUAUCAACAGUCUAACUUUGACAACAAGGUUUGGCAAAGUCUGAUAUGCCAGGAGGUAGCUUUGGA